UUGGUUUGCCACCAACUGGAGCUCAUGUUGCCAUGGCGAUGUCUUCCUCAGCUCAGAAAGACAGAUAAGGAAGUUAGGCUCACACUGAAAAAGGGCGUACAAAAAGAUAAAGUGAGGAAGAAGAACUGUUCUAUCGGUGGAACCGCGUCCUACCAGCAACUUUGGGCUGUUUGGUGAAGUUUCCUCUGCAGAGGAACAUGUCGGACCCAAAGAAGGUGUCUGCUCAGCCCGAGGCAGCAGCAAAAGCCAACGACAAUCCAAUGAGGACAGCAACAGCAAAGCCCAAAAGGCAAAAAGAGCCUGAUGAAAAGCAAGAAGCUGCUACUGACAUAACCACAGGAGAAACAAGCUGGGCUGCAGAAGGCAACACCUCAGAUGCCUUUUACGCCCAGCUUCGCGAAGCCCACGGCAGGAAGAUGCAGACCAUGGUGGCCAUGAACGUGCCUCUAUGGAGGAGGAACGACGAAGCUGCAGACCCAGACACCAUCAACAGUUUGGCAGAGCGUGUGAUGCGAGACGUCGCUGCCGAGGGAAACCUGGUCAACCUGAACGAGGUGAGAACCCUGAUGGUCGAGCUGAUUCCGUCUUUGGACCCAAAACAGCUGACGCCAAGGCUCCUUCCAGCUCUGAGGGAACUUCAAAACCUCACAAGGGAGAUCAAUACAUUCGUGGAGGCCACCGAGGCAUUGUCCUGCAUCUUUACCCUGUACGAGCUGGGCCAGGGUCUGGCAGCCCUUAGAAACAAGACGCAUUAUGAGGAGCUGAACCUGGGACCCCUGUGCAAAGUCCCUGUAGUCCACCGCAUAUUCAAGAUCGGCCAUAACACUAAGGACAAGGACAUUCCUCAAAUCAGGACUGUAGACGUUUUAAAGCAACUCUACAUUUUCAGAAAAAGCAACGAAGAACAACAUUUGACCCUGGCCGAUUUUAUGAAGCAUCUGGCCGACCACUAUGACUGUGAGCAUCCUAACAAGCUUGGAAUCGUGAUCCUGGGCCUCCAUCUGCCUUUAUCAACUAUUGCCAAAGUGACCAGCACUGAAGAGGCGGUGCUAGAGCAAUGCAGAGAGGCCAUCGAGAAGGAGACGCUUGACCAUCUGAGGAAGAUGAAGAAGAGCGUCUUUGAGCCUCUACAGAGCACCGACUCCUUCUCCACCAUAAACAUGGAUGUCAGAAAAAAGUACGCCUCUAUGUCGGCCGCUGAAGUGGUGCUGACAGUCCUCUCCAACGCAAGCACAGUGUUCAGCCCAGAGAUGGUGAAGCACUGUGAAAGCUUCCUGAAAGCAGUGUCCGAUGAUCAACUGGCAAAGGCCCUGUUUCAGCUGGCCAUCUGCGGGGGCUCCCUGGCUGCCCCCCAGGAACUGGUGCCCCAAAAGAAAAGCUCCAAAAACACAGAACAAAGCCAAGCUGUCAGCGAUGACAGCGAUGUCCCAGCCCUCCCCUGUGAAGCCACGCUGAAAGAGUUUCUCAGAGAAAGCCUGAGGAGUCAGAACUCAGCCGUCACUCUGGCCCACAUCGCUGCCCUGGAGAGGAAGAUGACCAAACACUUUCAAAUCCCAGAUUUUGGGUCUUUAGAGCAAGGAAGCUUCCUGGAGUUCCUGGUGAAAAACAUUCAGCUCCUGCAGGAAUCUCUGGGAUCGCUUCUGUUCCUGGAAGACAACAACAAUCUGGCUGGAUGUGGCUUCAGACCCUGCAAACAAGACGUAUUUGAGUUCAUCCAGCAGUGUGGCAAGACAACGCCCUCUGAUCCUGAUGAACUGUCCUGCGUGGAGUCAGCUCUGAGGGCUCACUACAGCGUCCGGGACAGUCGGGACCUCGGCUACGGCUCUCUGCCGACACUAGCUGGGCUGGUCCAACGGCAGAGGGAGCUCAGCGGCAGAGGACUGAGCCUGAUCUGCUAUGAGUCAGCUCUGGUGUCCAAACACACAAAUGAAAGCCCUAAAAGUGGGUCUGAGCCUGUGGGACGUCUAGGUGAGGUGUCCAAAGGUCAGGCCCUCGCUAGUUUACAAUGCUGCCCUCUGCUGGAAGACCUGAGUGACUGGAGCCAAUGGGAUUGUAUCUUCAAGCCCCUUCAUGGCCCCCUGAAGGACUUCAUAGAAAGAGAUGCGGCGAAUACAGGGCUGGCAGCGUUGGAGGUGAGACCAGGCCUGCUGCUCAAGAUCACCACAAACACAGGACACAAACACUUCACCAGUGCGGUCGCCGCCCUGGACCCUGUCGGCACCGCUGGUCAUCUUGUGUCCAUGAUGGUCGCAGACGGGAUCAGGAACGCCCCCACGGCCCUCCUGGCCAAUCACAUGCAGAGCGCUCUGGCAGAGGCCAUGGCCAAAGAAGAUCUUUCCCAGGCUGAAGAGGACAUUUCCUGCUACAGCCGGGUGGCAAAGUUUCUGCUGGACUGUUUGAUCCGAAUCCCCACCAGAACCUGCCAGGCUCUUCUGCAGAAGGUGUUCUUGGAGCCUUUCUCCCUUGUUGUGGGUCAAACGAAGUCCAAACAGGUCCUGAUCAGCACGGCUCAGUCUGACCUGAGACACCUGAACUGCCUGCACCGAUUGGGCACUCUCUCAGGUGUGACAGACUGGAUCAGAGACUACCAGAACAAGCUCCGCCCACCUCAGAACCACAACCUGUGCAAAGAACACAUGGAGCAGGUCAAGUGUAGUUGGGCAGUUUCAAACAGCAGCAGUCUGUCAGCUCUGAAUGUGAGUGAAGCUAAGGAAGAUUUGACAGACUGUGCAUCCACUGACCUCCAACCAGGUUUGCAAACUGAGGAAGAGGAAGACGAGGGGGAGAUGUGUGAGCUGGCCUCAUGUGCUAAUGAAAAGACUUCAAAACGCAGUGACGCUGAGGGAGAGGCAGGUGACGGGCUUCUUAACGAAGCUGGUGAAGCAGACGAGGAGAAGAGGGCCGGCUUCCAGUCAGAGACCGUACUCUGUUUCCAAAGAGCCAUAAUUGAGGACAUUAGGAAAAGCGAGUUUGGCAUCGGGGUGGAACUGUCUGCACACGGCCAGAGGCUGCUGGAGGUCCAUCAGGAGAGGCUGGGCCGCGGCCUGGCUCGCCUCUCCACAGAACUAUACAGCAAAGACACACACUUUGUGCUGGAGCUCAUCCAGAAUGCUGACGACAACAGCUAUUCGCUGGACCCCACUGUUGUCCCGUCGCUGGCCUUCGUCGUGGAGCAGGACUGCAUCACCAUCCUGAACAAUGAGACCGGCUUCCAGGAGAAGAACAUCAGAGCCAUCUGUGAUGUGGGCCGCAGCACCAAGGGCAAGCACAGAUAUGGAUACAUUGGACAAAAGGGCAUCGGCUUUAAGUCUGUGUUUAAGGUGACAGACUGUCCUGAGAUCCACUCCAACGGCUUCCACCUGCGCUUCGACCGGAGCUGUGGCCCCAUGGGAUACAUCCUCCCCCACUGGACCGAGGAGGAGAGGCCUCUGGACCCCCAGCUCAAGCUCAUCAGUCAGCACAGCUGGACUACCAAAAUAAGGCUUCCUCUGCGCUCUGGGAGCCGUCUGACCCAAAACCUAUUUCAUGACGUGCACCCGUCUCUGCUGCUCUUCCUGCAUCGCCUGCGGUCCAUCACCAUCUACAACCAUAGCGAGAAACGCCUCGUGACCAUGACCCGCAAAGACCUGAGGAAAAAUGUUGUAGAGGUGGAGCACUCAGAGGGCAUCGACCGUUGGCUGGUGGUCAAAACCACUUUGUAUCCUCAAAUGGGAGAACAAGAUGUUGAGUCGACUGAGCUGGCUCUGGCUUUCCAGCUCUGCAGUGGCACAGCAGAAGACCUCAUAUGCCAGCCUCAGAAGCAGCCGGUGUUUGCGUACCUGCCUCUCCGCAGUUUUGGAUUUCGCUUCAUUAUCCAAGGAGACUUUCACAUCCCCUCCUCUCGGGAAGAUGUUGACAGGGACAGCUCCUGGAACCAGUGGCUCCGAUCCGAAGUACCACAACUUUUCCUGCAGGCGAUGGCGGUCUUUGAUGAUCACUCAGAGUUCAUGGGGCUAAAAGGACUCUGCCCCUUCCUGCAGUUCAUACCCCUUCCUGAUGAAGUGUUGGACUUCUUCAAUCCUGUUGCCGGGCAAAUUAUUCAUCUGUUGAAGGACAAGGCCUUCCUACCAACACGUAACUCAGACGGUGGCGUCGUGUACAAACUGCCGUCUCAAGUGGCCAUCUGUCAGGACGCCGUGAUCCGCGACAUCAUCGGCAGUGACGAGCUGGAAAAGCACCUGUCUCUGUCUUAUCUUCAUCCAGAUCUGAGUCCAACACCUCCCACCUCUCUGCUGACUCAAUUGGGAGUCCGAUACCUGCAGGGGUCUGAUGUUACCACGGUAACCACAGCCAUGGCAAAUGAACUGGUGGAAGCGGGGCACAUGCUCAAAGAGGAGAAAAUCCGUCAGUUGGCCAGGUUGCUGGUCUGCAACUUCCGAGCUGUGGAGCAUGGCUUUGGAGAUGCAGAAUCCAUCCUGCAAAACCUUAAAAAUCUACCCAUAAUCCCUCUGGCAAAUGGAAAUGUGGUGACACUAAAUAAGGAGGGAGUGAUCUUCCUGAUGGAAGAAACUAAGGCAAAGAAAAAGAAAGCUCAGGGUCAGACGGGAGCAGUUUCUGCCCUGUACAAGGAUGUCAGUGUUGUUCACCCAUCCCUGCUGAGUUGUUUGGGGCUCCUGGAAAGCCAGCAGGUCCGAGAGCUGCUCAAAAGACUUGGCGUUCAUGAACUGGAGCCGCAGGAGCUGCUGGAGCAGUACAUCUACCCCACAAUAAAGAGCAACAACUGGAAGUCAAAAUCUGAAGCUGUGGUUGUGAGUUAUUUGGUUUUUAUCAAGCAACACUCCUCAUCGAGCCAGGAGUAUGCAGACAUCGCGGUACCCGUCCUCACCUCCGAGGGCUUGCAGUGUCCGGCCACUGACAAGGUGCACUUUUCCAAGGCGUACAAAAACAUCAACCUGCGAAAGAAGCUGCCUGGCUGUGAUUGGAUCCUGGUCAGUCCCCGUUACGUGGAGACAGACGGGGACGUGGACGGAUGGAGGGAGCUGCUCAGCAGGCUCGGCGUCAGAGAUGGCCUCGUCAUCCGUAAAGAACGCCGAACUCUCACCGCUGAAGAGCUGGCCAAUAGUCCCUGGUCAGCUGAAAGUGCAACGUGGGACCUGAGUGCAGCUCAGGACUGUGUGCUGGAGGAUUACACCUGUGAGGAGUUUGAAAUCCUGGCCAAAGCGAAGCUUCCAGGCAAAGACCUGCUGCGGCAGAGGAGGACUCUGCUGGAGCUGCUGGAGGCUAACUGGGACACUGGACAUCUCUACUCUCAGUUCCUCACAGCUCAAGUGAUUGACAGCAGUGGGCGACCAAUCAGAACCACCAAGUCAUCUUUCCACCACCUCCUGUGCAGCCUUGAAUGGAUUCCAGCUCAUCGGGAGCAGGAGGGAGAGCAGCAGGAGAAGGAGUACCUGUGUCCAGGCUCAGUCUACCUGUCAUUACCUGAAGUUACCAGACUGCUUGGAACUCACAUCUUUUAUGUUGACUUAAACCCCAGCGAGUUCACUAGAGCUCUGGGGAUCAGAGAUACCGUCUCAGUGGAUCUACUGACCCACUACCUGAAGGAAUGGUGCAUUAAAGCUCAGGCAAAGAACCAGGAGCAGCAGCCUGAGCAGGAGUCUGAGGGGGCCAGUUUCACCACAACAGUUGAGCACAUCCACAAUGUUUACACUUACCUGCAGGCAAACUGUCCUCAGAGCAGCCUGAAGGAGCUCUUCCAGCACACCCCCGCUGUGUUUGUGGAGACCCACAGACGUAAAAAGAACUGGUGUUCUGGGCGCUUCUACCACCUGAAGGAGGUGUGCUGGACCGAUACAACCACCAUGUUCUGGCAUUACAGGAGGUUGACUCAAAGGAAAGGCAGCUUGGUCCAGAAGCCUAAAAUUCUGGAGGGUUUCUACAACCAGCUGGAAGGCAUGACACGCUUCUUCACCAGAGUGCUGGAGGUGAACUCCAGCCCCACCGUAACACAGUAUGUCAGUUUACUGGAAGCUAUCUGCACUUCUACACCGACUGCAGAAAAGGUUCAAGACGUAUCAGUGAUCUUCGCCAGACUUGCUCAAUUAUGUAAAGACCAAGAAAGGACCCAUGAGGACAAUGAAGGGUGCCGCGCCAGUCUGAAAGGCCUGCUGGCUGAGAAGGUGGUCUUUCCCACCAAAGACAACAGGUGGGUGAGUCUGGCUCAGAAACCCCUGAUCAGUGACAAGAAAGAGCUGGAGAAGAUCUUCAAAGCUGAGCCGAGUCUCUGCCUGCUCCACCUGCCACCAGCUAAGAAGAAGGCUGUUUCCGGUCGUGAGUCGGGUCAUAAAGCUGCAGAGGCGGCCUUCAGCGAGUCAGACAGGCUGCUGUUUUUGGAGAUCUGCGGCGUCCGUCGGCUGUCCCAGUGCGUCACAUAUGAGCCGCAGACCGAGAUGCUGAAGCCCUGUCCGUCCCUUCAGGCCCUGGUGCGGUCCGUCAUCCCCUACAUCCAGAGGUUUCUCUUCCACCACGAUGAGCUGUCGCAGGUUUACAGGCAGCUGAGCAAGAGGAACAUAGCCCAAAAAAUCAAGUCCCUUUCUUUUAGAGAGGUGGCAAAGCUUUACAUCGUGUACCGGCUGAAUGUCGCAGAGAAAGAGGUGAUGAAGACUCAGGAUGUCGUCUGUCUGCUGAAGGAUGAGAAGGAGCUUUACAUUCAAAAAGAUCACCUCUCUGCCAAGCUGGAUAUCUUCAGGGAGCUGGUGAAGCUUUUCUGCACAGAUGAAAGCCACAAAAAAGAGCUGCUGCAAUUUUUGAACUUUUUGGUGAUGACUCUGUCUGAGGGCUCAAAGGAGCUGGACAAAUUCCUGAGCAGAGAGGACAUCAAAGAGCUGCCAGCCGGUCAAGAGCAGUGGGAGGUGCCAGAAGUGAUCCUGGAAAGCGGUAAACAGACAGAUCACAGCACACAGAACAAGACCAGAGCUGAGACCAGACAAGUGAAACCCAGACGAAUUCUGCCAUCUGCACAUCCAGCUCUGACGUAUGACGCCGAGCCGGCUGAAACCCCACUACUCAGAGCUCCCGUCGAGCCAGUGGUGCUAUCUGUUACAUUUCAGGGAACGUCAGAGAGCGAAACAGGGCGUCCCCAUUGGAACCAGAACUUUCCCCCCUGGGAAAAUGCCGAACCUGAAAUGGACACGCUGGAGGCCAUGGAGCUCAACUGCCAGAGGCCCAACACUGUGAUGCAUCGUGAACACGACAUUCAAGUGAUUGGGAGAUGGGGGGAGCAGCUGGUCAACUCCUUCCUGUGUCACUGGAGAGACAGUCAUGACCCUGAUCGCCCCACCCAUGUGCUGUGGUGCAAUCAAGAUGGAGAGAGCGGCUGGCCCUACGACUUCAAACUGACCUUUGGAGCGACUGGAAAGCAGAAGGAGGUGUUUGUGGAGGCGAAGUCCACCUCCAGGAAGGAGAAGGCCUACAUCCAGAUCUCUGUCAACGAGCUGGAGUUUGCAAUGACAAAGCAGGAGGGUUGCCAAUUAUUCUUGGUGUUUAGCGCAGGAGACCCUCAGAAUGUUCGCCUGUAUCGCAUCAGGAACCUGGCAAAGCAGCUGCAAAACAAGUCCAUGCAACUAUUCCUGUUUGUGUAGCUUUUUUGAAGGGGGGGGUCAUCAGAAGCAGCGUCUUUUAUCGCUACUGUCCUCAGUGUGCUUGUCAUUUUGGCAUUUGAUUUAUUAUAUUAAAGGGAUUAAUGGAUGAACUGACUUUGUUUUCUCCCCUUUACCUUUACUGGAGAUACACUGUUUUCAAUUAAAAUGCUUUUUGCUCCACACAA